UGUCUUGCGUUUUUAUUUUCUAGAAUUGGUGGAUGAUAUCAGCCGUGUAAUGACCAUGUGUCAUAAGGAUGACUCAGUUUCCUAAAUCCAAUCAGGAUCGGAAUGUCUUCUAAUCGUACUAAUUAAUUGAAUAUGUAAAACAGUCAAAUGCAUGGUGUAGAAGUAUAUUUCAGUGUUCAAUGCGUUUGGUGCCAAAACGCGCGCGACUGCAAGCAUUUUGUGCGCUGUUAUUGAAUUUUGUGAAUAGAAUUUUCUGAACUGAAUUGGUCUAUAAGGGAAGAUCAGCUUACCAGACUCGAUCGGGAUACAGGAAUAUGGCACUGAAUGGAAUACUUCCACCGUCCACUGAGUGACAGUGCUCCGCAACACCUACCAACAACCCUUUUAGUCACCCAAAUGCAGACCAAGUGAGGUUGGAGAAAUACACACAGGAGACAAGAAGACCGGAUGAUUGAUAGAGAGAGAGGGAGAGAGAGAGAGUUGUGGAGCUGCUUGGGUGCUGCAGUGUCUGUGGAGGUUGGAGGUAGGUCAUGGUUGGGCGGGGACUGUGGGUGUGUAAGCCCUGCAUUGGGAAGCGUGGGGGUCGGUUCGGGGUGGUGCCUGCCCUCUAUGUGCUGAUUGUCAGCUCAGCCCUGCUAGCUCUGCUCUUCCUGGAUUUCAUAGAGUCUUGGGUCACCUCCAUGAAUAUGAACACAGUGGUGGAGGCACAGGGCGGGGUCAUACCCCUCCAGAGUGUCCCCCCAACAAGACCAGAGGAGUACCUCCUUAUGCCAAGCCCUCUUGUCUGUCAGCGUGCUAAGCCCUACCUAAUCACCAUGGUGACCUCCGCCCCAGCCAAUCAAAGGGCACGCCAGGCCAUCCGGGACACGUGGGGUGGGGAGGUGGAGGUCAGGGGUCAUAGGGUCAUGACCCUGUUCAUGGUCGGGGUGGCCUCUGACCCCGGGCUAGCCAAGCUGCUGAUUGAGGAAGCCCGCGAACGAGGGGACCUGGUCCAGGGGCGCUUCCGGGACUCCUAUUCCAACCUUACCCUGAAGACACUCUCCAUGAUGAGCUGGGCCCGACGCUUCUGCCCCCAAGCCCAUUUCGUGGCCAAGGUGGAUGACGAUGUUCUCUUCAACCCUGGGGCUUUGCUACGCUACCUGAAUCGAAGCACUGUGACCAACAGCUACGAGCGCGGGGACCUGUACCUGGGCCGGGUCCACCUCAGCGUGUCUCCGGACCGAGGACCAGGCAGUAAACACUACCUUCCUAGAGGGGCAUACCCUGCCUCCAUCUUCCCUGACUACUGCAGUGGCACCGCGUACGUCCUCUCCCGCUCCGCCCUGCUCAAGAUUUCCCUGACUGCGGGAGCCUCGUCUCUGCCCACCCCUCUUCCCCCCGAGGAUGUGUUUGUGGGUCUGUCAGCCCGCGCGGCCGGAGUGCUACCCUCCCACUGCCCGCUGUUCUCCGGGGGGCCUGCGGUGCCCUACAGUCGUUGUUGCUACCAGGCCAUGGUGUCCAUCCACCACAUUGCCCCCAGAGAGAUGCUCCGGUUCUGGGCUGACGUGCACUCCACUCCCCUCUGCUCCUGGCUUGGAAUUCGCGCUUCCCUCGGGGUCUGUAAAGUCCGGGCCAUGCUGGGGAGCUUUCUGGGUUAAAGAAUUGACCCAGUGGAUCGGAAAGACUUAUUGAUUAGGCUGCACCCCGGCCAGGAUUUCAGUUCUGUGAAUAGCACAAGCAAUCUAUUUCAUUGGCUACGAUGAGGAAUCACUGUGCACUAUGAAAGUGUGAUUUCUUUUAUAGCUUUUUAGGAAUACUUGAUUGUGUUUAAUGUUGACCAUUAUUGCACUGGCAUUUUGUCGAAGCUGAAGGAAUAUGAACUAAAGGGAAUUAGUGGGAUGAUACAGUUAAAGGGUAGUUAAAAACACAUACUGCACAGAUAAGUAUUAGCAACCAGAAAAUGGCCCAUGUGAUAUUUGCAUGUCAUCAGCAUAGAAGUAGAAUGAUGUGUAAUGCACAAGAUCACAAUAUAAUUUUAAUGUACCAGAUACACAAGAUAAGCAUACACUAGCCAGCAUACUGUAAGAAUGAAACAACCUGAUAAGUGUGACCUGGUAGCUGUACCGGGGAGCCAUUAUAUGCUUUGUAAGAUGACUCCCUUUGUAAAUACGACACAGAUGUAUUGGAUUAAAACUAAAGCUGCAUGAAGUCACCGAUAUGCAACUAACUCUUACUUUUAACUCUAUGAACACACCUCACACACUCCGGUUCACAGUAACACAUUAAAAUAUAAAUGUAACAGUCACUAAACAGACUGUCUUAUCCACAGCGACAUACAAUUAGUGCAUUAGUCUUAAGAUAGUAGGGAAAACCACAUAAUCCAACAAUGAACACUCAACAGAGUAACCAUUAGCUAAAUUAAUUGCCAUAUUCCCUGUUAUAUCCAUUUUUUCACAACAGGAAUGCCCCCUGAAACAAGAUGUCAGGGAAGCUUAUUACCCUGAUGUGUGGUCGCCUGCAAAGACAGAUACCCACUUAUGCUUAGACCAGAUUAAACGUGGGAUCCAUCUCAAUGUUGUGAAGUGGACUCCUCUCCUUUACUUGCACUGACCUGAAGGACAGGCUGGGUGAUGUCUUAAGUCCUGCUAGAUGGAUCAUUUACUCUCAACUAUGCAAAUCUUUGGACAAAACUGAAAGAGGAAACAGAUACAAUGAGACGCCUCUAAACAACAUUGAUAUUCCCUGCAGUUUUUAGUCAGCCUGUAUGUCCUUGUGGUCAAGUCAGGUGCAGUCCAGAGGAGGACACCAGCAUAUCCAUAUCCCUGCUCAAUUAACAUACGUAACAGAUGUUAAGCUAGCAGAGUGUGAAUGAUGGAAACUGCUGAAGAAGGCUUUUCUGAAAUACUAGGACGUUGAAUUCAUUAAAGUGCAUUUUACACAAUUACCUAACAGUGUAUAUUGUAAACAAAGGGGCAUAUGUUUUUCAUACCUAGAAUCUGGCAGCACUGCUUUUAGCUCCUGUGUGAAUAAAAGUGUCUGUAAAUAAUUGAUGUAUAAUAACCUUUCUAAUAAUAAUGUGAAAUGUACGGGAAUAUUUUAUGAACAAGCCAAGACCGAACCGGGAUUCCAUUUAUCUUCUGAAUGCUAUGUACUGUACUAAGUUGUAUUAGUGCGAUGGAUUUGUAAAGACACGAAGGAAAUGUUUACGUGCAAGAAGUGAUUGGUCACUAAUAAACCAGUCAGCAACAUACUUUGUCAGAUGGAAUACCAUUGGAACUGUAAUAAAAAGAAAUGUCACCCUGUC